UGAGCUCACAUUUGAUUUGUCUGUUCCUUAUUCAAGUUGUCACAAUAAUAAAACUAGUAAUUUAUAUAAAUUAUAUCUAGUCUUAUACUCGGAUAUAUUAACAUAUAUUUAUUUACAAGAUUUAUAAAGUAUUUUAAACAAAUGCAACAUAUUUUUUAUUAACUAACCAACGUAAUGGAAUCCGAAAAUGGUGAAAAAGCUGAAGUGCCACCUGCUAAGCCAUUAGAAAAUGAAGAAAAUCUGGCUCCCCAACCUGUUAUAGAGUCUUAUGUAGCUCAAGUUUCCUCCAUAACCGACGAGAAAACAGCGGAAAAUACUUCUGAGCAAGUGCAGUCACAAAAUGAACUCGAAGCAUCGACUUUAGCUGAUGCCGGCGUACAUACUCCGUUAGCAGGUCGUAGUCAUGAUGAACUCAUUUCCGUUAACCAAAACGGUGAAGAAGCAAGUGAAGCCACCAUGGACCCAGGUGAAGAUGGAUCUCUGUCAAUUGAUUCAGAAGAGUUUUCGGAUUUUUUAGAUCAGGAAGCUGAAGAAGCAGAAAUGUUAACAAUCGAGAAUCUUGAAAAGAUUACGAAAAAGAAUCUGAAGAAGCAAAAGCAACAGGAAAAGCCUACGAAAACUCAACUCAGAGAAAAGAAAAAGCAAAAACGUGCCUUAAAAAUUGGAACCUUACUUGCCGACAUACCGAGUGAUUCCGAAGACGAAUCAUCGAUCUCAUCUGACGAGGACAGUAGAAGUGACAUUAGCGUUGUAUCGUUUAAAUUCAAUUUUCUCAGUAAGUUGGGUUCAUUGCCUAGAUUAUCUCAGAUAUCUUUAGAUCGAGAGGAGGAAUCUCUAGUGGCUUCCAUUCGAGUUACUCAAGAUCCUGAAGUCAUUGAUCCUGAUCUGAAAGGUAGAUUUGUGAAUUCUUUGACAGGCGAAACUGAAUCCACUGAGACCACUGAAACCACUGAAGAGAUUGAAGAGGAAAGUGCGGAAUUUGAAUCCGAAGAUUCUUCGUCAGAUUUCGAUUUACUUUCGGAAAGAGAAGACGAGGAACCCACAUUGCCAGAGAAGCAAGAUGAAGAAAAUUUUUUUUUCGAAGAAGCUGAAGUACUAGCUGAGUCGGGAAGGGCAACAUUUAUUCUUGAGACGGAAUCCUUUAUUAAAGCUCGUGAUCUUAAAAAUCGAGUGAUUAGUAUAACUAUGGAUUUUCUAGAAAAAUUAUUUGAUUCAGUUGUUGAUACCGUUAAUUCAAAAACCUUAGCGGAAAAACUUGACAAAAUGAAAUUAUUCAAAGAGUUAGAAGCUGGCGUCGUUGACUACAGAGUAGAAAAGUCGUGCAAUACAUUUUUAGAUAACAAAGCUGUAGAAUGCCAUCGUCGCAUGCGACGAGGUUACGCUUAUGCUAAACUACGGGACAAUGAGGAAGUUUUUGAAUACCAUCGAUAUAAACGUGCCCUAAAUUUUCUUGAUCACAUAAAGCAAAGGGCCGUCGAAGCCAAGAAAAAAUGCAAUAAUAUGACGACAAAAGUUAACGUUGAGUUAGUUGAAGGUACUGUCGGCUACAUAUCCCUGUCCGACAGAAUUGAGAAACGCAUACGUGAGGUACUCAUGCACAAAGAUUCCGAAAUAAUAAUGAAAGCCAUCGCAGUCGAUAUGCAAACGAUGCGGCACUUACAAAACAAAAUAAGCGAAUCGAGAGAAAUUUUGAUUAGCCGUAAUCAUACACUAGCUAGUCUAAUAGAGCGCGCUUUGGAGGUUGCGAAUAUCACGGAAAAUCUGACGACAAAUGAAUUUCUAUCUGUUGAACGACAAGUCCUUCUAUUGUCCAAACGAAUAAAUGAACGCGAUGACAGAUUCAAAGUGAUUCAAGAACGUUGCAACAAUGAACUAAAACGUGGCGUUUACUAUCAAGAGAAAAGGAACUUUGAUUUGUCUGCUUUAGCAGCAAAAAAGGAAAUAUUAGACGAUUUAUGCGCAAAGAAAGAAGAGCUAUGGAAACACCUCUAUGAAUUGAGAAUGCAGCAUAUACAAUACAUAAACCAAAAGCAUGAACUUAACCUUAGGGCUGGCAUCCUUUAUAAGCCGGCUCUGAUGCUCGACUUUGACAAAACCGUGGAGUUGGUGAACGAAAAACGCAAGAUUGUUGACGGCUUAAGGACAACAUUUAAAAAGUUGCAAAGGCGCCUCAGUGCACUGAGCACCAAUUCAUCACAUUUUGACUUGAUUACUGGAAGAAAAGUUUGGAUUAGAUAAGAAUAAUUCUUAUGUUGAUCAUAAUGAUCAUUAUUCCUUAGUUUGCUCUAGGAUUUUGUCUCAUAUUUUUGUAUACGAUUUCCUAGAACGAAAUGGUUUUACACUUUAGAUUAAAAAUAAAAAAUAAAAAUCAUCAGCAUCCCCCA